AUGGGGACCUGGAUUUUGUUUGCUUGCCUCCUCGGAGUAGCCUUCUCUAUGCCUCUACCAUCUCAUCCUGGGCACCCUGGUUACAUCAACUUCAGCUAUGAGGUGCUUACUCCUCUGAAGUGGUACCAGAACAUGAUAAGACCACCGUACCCUUCCUAUGGUUACGAACCCAUGGGUGGAUGGCUGCACCACCAAAUCAUUCCCGUGCUGUCCCAGCAGAAUCCCCCGAAUCACGCCCUACAGCCUCAUCACCACAUCCCCAUGGUGCCAGUUCAGCAGCCCGUGGUCCCCCAGCAGCCAAUGAUGCCAAUUCCCGGCCAACACUCCAUGACUCCAACCCAACACCACCAGCCAAAUGUCCCUCCGCCCGCCCAGCAGCCCUUCCAGCCCCAGCCUGCCCAGCCGCAACCUCACCAACCCAUUCAGCCCCAGCCACCCAUGCACCCCAUCCAGCCCCUGCCGCAACAGCCACCUCUGCCUCCGAUGUUCCCCAUGCAGCCCCUGCCCCCCAUGCUUCCUGAUAUGCCCCUGGAAGCCUGGCCAGCAACAGACAAGACCAAGCGGGAAGAAGUGGUGAGUACCCCUUGA